ACUUUCUCCUUUGGUUCAAGGGACUGUGGAAAAUCAUCGGGUUUCACCAGAGGAAGAAACUAAGAGCAUUAGCUCAAGCACAUAGUCGUGUGGAGGUUUGAGAAUAAUCCCAAGAGUUUCCAUAUAUAUAGGUCGAACACUGACUUGAAGCAAUUAGAUUCUUCAUUCGUCUCACCAAAAUGAAGUUUUGCUUGCCAAUUAAUUGACACAAAUCAACUUUGAGAUGAUACCAACCUACAAUACAUGCUCGAGCCAUGAUAGUAACAAUGCAUUGCUUCAGCACGGCCCCAAGUUUGCUGUUGACAUUAUCUAUCGUUACGCUCAUCCUGUGAGAAGAAUCAAUUGAUUUACUCGGGGAUUAAUUGCGGGAAGAACCCCUUCCCCCGAACACCCCGCACUUUGAUGUGUUGAAAAGUUGAUGAUCUUCAUCGUUCGACCGGUAACUUUAUUUGCACGGUUGAAGAUUUGUCUUUAAUUAUUUUAAUACCCUGUCUAAAGAGAUCAAGCAAGUUGCCAUAGCAUCUCCUGCCCCAUUGGUGGACAUUAUACCGGUACCGACGCUCUAAUUCAUAUGGGCCCGGAGCACACUAUGCCUUGCUUGACUCUCAUGCCUGUGCUCUGCUGGCGGUCAAAGAAAUGAGGAGGCUCUCAUCAACUACUAGAAGCAUAGUACGAAACAUCUGGGCCCAAAGAUCCGGGGUAAUUGAAGCCGACAGCUUUGAAAUUUCCGCAGCAAUGCCCCACGGUACGGAGAUCAAAAGUAAGGAUGGUACGUAGCGGAUGACGACGUGAGGAUGGGGGGACGACAUGAAUAUGUGUUUAAAUCCCAAUAUUAUAAUUGAAAAUUCGGAAUGAGUUUGAGUAUUCAUUAGACACUGAUCGCUAUUUUUUCAUUAUGAUUUUAUCGAAAGAAAUUUCCUGGUCAUUAUUACCUGUUUUUGCGCAAGCUGCCACGGUAAAUUAUUCAAUCCCCUCUACAGCACCUACCGGUGCAGCAAAACUUGCUCCCGCUCCUGUGGGUUUAUCGUAUGUCUUUUUAUUUCACGAUAUUUUCAACUCGAAUAUGAACGCAAUAUCAAUACUAACAUUUCGUCAGUUUUGAGUUCUUUGCGUAUCCUGCAUAUUUCAAAGAUGUUACAGCCACAAAUCAAUGUUUGGCGAAUUUCAAAAAUUUGAGUGGAACAUGGCCUCCUAUUCGAAUUGGUGGUACUACACAGUAUGUACAUAUCCUCAAGAAAUGAGAAAAUUAUUGGUAUUAAUGGAAAUUCAUAGAGAUCGUGCAACUUAUGAUUCAGAUUUGAGUGCAUAUGUCGAUUACCAUGUUAAUUCGUCUGUUGACGCACCAGCUUCAUUAAAAUUUGGUCCUAAUUUCAUCAAACUUGCUUCUACAUAUCCUGGAACUGUCGUGUUGGGUACGUUCCCUAUUUUCUUUCGUACUCUAAAAUGAGGAAAUUAUUUAUCUCAUCUGACUAAUAUCAAAGGACUCAAUCGUGGCCUUAAUAAUAUCACAAAUACUAUUGCUGCAGCAAAAUACGCAAAGGGCAGUAUGGAAAAUCUAAAGGCUAUGGAACUUGGUAAUGAGCCAGAAUGUAUGUUUAUAUUAACCCUCUCAUCCUCUAAUCAAUACCAUAUCGAAAAUAAAUCUAAUCCACCCAUCUAGAUUACGUUAGUGAUGGCCAACCUAUUGCCUUUCCCUCCUGGACUCCCGCCAUCGACGCCGCCUCUCAAAACAACUGGGACAUCUUAGUUGGAAAGGCUCUUCAAGCCACUGAUUUCAUUCAAGCUGGAAACUCCAAUAAGGCACCACCUACUUGGGGAGCUGCGGAACUUAUCGCUAGUGGAAAUGCUACUGUGAGAACUUAUGUCAAGGAUUAUGCGCAUCAUAAUUAUCCAGGAGGAAGUUUGCAGAGUUUGAUGAGUCAUAGUGGGAUCGUUAGUAACUUGGGGUUGAUUGGAACGGAUAGGAAAGCUGCGACUGCUGUAGGGAAGGAAUAUGUUUUGGGAGAGACGAAUUCAGGUUUGUGGUGACUUUCUUUGUUGUUUUAUUUCAUCGACCUUUUUCUUGUCCUACUUUCUUCUGAAAGUCCUAGACUACUAAAUGAGUUGAAGAUCUUAUGCAAAGCUAACAACCUCAUUUGUAGCCUCCGGUGGUGGUGCCGCAACAGUCUCUCCAACUUUCGGCGCAGCCAUUUGGACCCUUGAUUAUGCUCUUCAAGCCACCGUUUUGAAUAUCACUACCAUCUAUUACCACCAUGGAAGCAUCGGUGCCUGCUACUAUUGUUGGUGGGGAAAAUACGACGCCGGUACCCCUUACUACGGAGCCUGGCUCGCAGCAUCUGCUUUUGCCGGAUCUUCCUACAUUCAACAAAUCGAUGCUGGUACUACCAAUUACGCUAUUUACGUGCUUUACAAUAAGAAUAAAGAUCCCGUCAAAGCUGUACUGAUCAACAGUGAUUAUUACGAUGGAACAGGCACAAGAGGAAGUGAAACAUUUGUACUUGGAGGGUUAAAAGCAGGGAAAGAAACAAAGGCGAAGAGGUUGACGGCGGGAAGUGCGUUGAGUAGGGUUGAUCGGGGAUCUAAUCCGUCGUUUGGAGGUCAAGUUGUUGCUAAUGGUACUUGUGUUAUUGAGGGGAAGGAAACUUUUGAGAGGGUAAAGGUGGGGAGUGCUGGUAUUGCUGAAUUUACCGUUGCGGCUAGUGAGGCAUUGUUGGUAUAUUUUUGAUAUGGGUGCUAGGAUAAGACACGAUGGGAUAAGAUGGGGACUAGAAGAGAAGGGAUGAUAAUACUUAAAGUAUAGGGAGCCAGUGAAUCUAAAGAAUAUAAGUUGUGUUCUACAAUAACCUCUACGAACUUGCAUUGCGAGCACAGUGAAUGGGC